UUUCUCGUAUCACUACAAAGCUCUUAACAAUGGCGGCCGCUCCCAAUCCCAUCCUCCUCCUCCUCGCCGCCAUUGCCACCAUAACCACCGUCUCCUCCGCCGCUUCCUCGGCUCACCCUUCCUAUGACUCCCUGGCGACCUCUUGCCCCACCUUCGCCGACGCCGAUCUCGUGCCGAUUCGCAGGGAGGAGUACGAUGGCAGGAGGAUUCUCGACAUCACCCAUGUUUACCACGAGGAUAUGCCUGCAUUUGAGUCCGAUGAUGGUAUUGGCCAGUUCCUCUGGCUCCGAGAGUCCAUGAAGAACGGAUCAUUCGCCAAUAUCUCUGAGAUGAAGUUCCUUACCCACACUGGCACCCAUGUCGAUGCUCCUGGCCAUUUUUAUCAGCACUAUUUUGAGGCUGGAUUCGAUGUUGAUACCCUUGAUCUCGUCAUUCUUAAUGGUCCUGCAUUGGUAGUGGAUGUUCCUAGGGACAAGAACAUAACUGCUGAGGUGAUGGAAUCUCUUCAUAUCCCAAGAGGUGUACGUCGUGUUCUUUUCAGAACAUUAAACACUGACAGGAAACUCAUGUGGAAAAAGGAGUUUGAUUCCACCUAUGUGGGGUUCAUGACGGAUGGUGCACAAUGGCUGGUAGAUAACACUGAUAUUAAACUUGUUGGGCUUGACUAUCUGUCCGUUGCAACAUAUGAUGAUUUGAAGCCUGCUCAUCUAGUUUUUCUCAAAAGCAAGGACAUCAUCCUUGUGGAAGCUUUAAAACUAGAUAAUGUCGAAGUAGGGAUCUACUCUUUACACUGCUUACCUCUACGAUUGCUUAGUGCCGAGGGCUCACCCAUCAGAUGCAUUCUUAUCAAUUAAAAUUCUCGAUCAAUGCCGAUUUUUCGCCCAUCAGAUGGUUUCUUAUUAAAUGGAAAUCUUAGCUAAAGAUGAAAACUUUGAGCAAAUUGCUGGUCCAGUGAAAUCUGCCUUAAAAAUCUUUUACAUGUUCUUUGUUGUACCAUAAGUUUCUCUUUACGUAUCAUGACUAGUAAAAACAUUUGUAUCCUUUUCAUUUUCUUUGUGUAACAUAAGUAUAUCUGUUGUAUGUGUUAAAACCAUUGUUAUGAAAU